CUCGUUCUCUGUCCACCUCCACUGACGCCUCGGCUUUGCCUGCUCCGCCAUUCAGGGAAGUGUGGCAGGUGAGCGUACGCCCCCGCGGACUCGGCCAGACCCGCAACCUCUCAGGAACCUACCGCCUGUGUCUGACGGACCGCACGCUCGGCCUCCUGCGCCUCCGCUGCGACAACCCCUCCGUCACCCUUCAGCUCAUGAAUGUCCGACGCUGUGGCCAUUCCGACAACUAUUUCUUCGUGGAAGUGGGGCGCUCGGCGGUGACUGGCCCGGGAGAACUGUGGAUGCAGGUCGAUGACUCUGUUGUAGCCCAGAACAUGCACGAGACCAUCCUGGAAGCUAUGAAGUCUUUAAGUGAAGAGUUUCGUCCACGGACCAAGAGUCAAUCCCUUUCUUCGACUCCCAUCACCGUCCCAUCCAGGAGGCACCUACCCAACCCACCACCACCUAGCCAAGUUGGCUUGUCACGCCGCUCCAGGAUUGAAGUUUCAGCGGACGGCUCACCGGCUCCAAAGCCUUACUCUCUGCCUAGGGAUCACAGUCCACGUUCCCCUGAGGAAGAGGAGAAGCGGACAAGUGUUGAAGCCACUCACCUUCCAAUGGACUACGGUUCUGCUUCUUCGGAUGAGUAUGGCUCAAGUCCUAGCCUGCACGAGCCUCCGAUAUUUUUGCCACCGUCUCCAGUUACAGGAGAGACCAAUUACAUCUCCAUGGGGCAGCUUGGGAGGAGGUCUCUAGCACUAGACCUCGGGUCAGUACCCAUCACGCCAAAUGGAGAAGAUGGAGGAAAAGCUUUUAAACUGGAACAUGAAGACAAUUACGCCAUGAUGGUAAAAUGUGAGCCACGCCCUGAAGCAGGUUAUAUGCCCAUGCUGCCUGGAAGUCGAUCCCAAGAUUACAUGCCCAUGACACCUAACAGUAUCUCUCCACCAGCCCCCAUAGAGUUGGCUGGUUAUGUCAUGAUGUCCCCUUUGGGUAGUUGUUCUCCAGAGCAAGAGAGGGCAAGCUGGCCACCUUCUGGAGACAUGUCGGUGGGCAGUGCGGACAGCCAAGCUUCGGAUUACAUGAACAUGUGGCCACUAAGCCGCUCAGCCUCUAGUACCCCUCCACCCGUGGAGAAGUCAUUAACACUGAGCAAUGGGCCUACAAGGAUUCCUGCCUCCUACCGUUCACUUCCUCGUUCUUAUAAGCUGGACCCAGUACCUCCUGCUAGGAACUCUUGCUCCUCAUCCUCUGACAGCCUUGAAGAAGUCAGUGGUGGAAGGAGCCGGAGACCGCUCAGUAUGUCUGUGGACACUUGGCGGGCAAACACGUUGCCAGGAAACUACCGUAGACCUCCCAGUCCGGGGGAAUAUGUCAGCAUCCACUUCAGGGCCAAACAGGAAAAGACAAGAAAGGUCUCACACGUUCCCCAGUCGGAAUACAUUGCCAUGGACACGCAGCAUCCAGAGGUGGCCAACGGAGACUAUACCAAAAUGACUUUUGAGCCAUGCCACAGGCAAGUUCCAUCCGCUGCCAACCAAAAAGUUGAGAAGGCUUUAAAGACAACUCCCGAAAGUGCGUAUGGCCUGGUAACGGCGGAAAUGAACUCCUGGCCAGUUUCAAAAAAGGCCUCGUGGCCUACCUCAACCUUAGAAAGGUUUCUAAAGCCUUCGGCAGAAGACGAUCCCUGGCUCACGGCCAGCGAUACCACAUUCAGGCCCAUAGCGCCUGCGGAUAACAAGCUAAGCCUUACUGCCAAGGUGCCAAUGGAGGCCCCAGCGGACAGCGGGUUUGGUCGUGCCGAGAAGACUACAGUAACAAAACCUCCAUCUGAAGACCUGGAAUUGAGGGGCCUGCUAUCCGCAGUGGCCAGCUGCGGUCUUUACAAGGGGCAAGAUCGUAGCAAGUUUGCGAGGGCCGAUCACCCAGCCCGGAUGAGGCACUGUUCUGAUAACUUGUCCCUCAACGCUGUUGCCUCUUGCAAUGGAAACCGGGCACAGUCCAAUGAAUCUGGGCUCAAUUACAUUGAUCUGGACCUUGCAAAAGACGUAGGUACCAGUCCACUGACUGCCUAUCUGGUGAGUGCCAACGUGCCACAGCCAAUAAAGAGUGGAACCCUGGGAGCCAAUCCAUGCAUCAACACCUACGCCAGCAUCGACUUCCAGAUGUCAGGAGAGCUGAGAAGAGGAAGCAGAGAUGGAACAGAAUGCUAACAAUCCGUAGACCAGGCCGGACUC